AGUCUAAAAGGAAGUCGUUAUGAGAUACGCCAGCGUCGUCGACAGCAGCGACGUGAGCAGCACCGUCUAGCCAAUCUUAGGGCUAAAAAGUCCUCGAAGCUUGCCAGUAAGGAUUCUCAGUUCCGAUUAAACAGAAAGUUUGAGGAGGAUGAGGAAGAGGAAGAUUUAGAUGAAGAAGAGGAGGAUGAAGAGGACGAAGGUGAGGACGAUGAGUUUGAGGAAGAAGAAGAAGAUAUGGAUGAUGACGAUGGCGAUGAGGAAGAUGAAGUAGAAGAUGACGAAGAUGAUAGUGAUGGCGGUGCAGAUGUUGAAUUCGUGGCUGAUACACAAGAAGAGCAGGAAAAGCUAAAAGAACGAAUGAAUUCUGCCAGCCAACACAUGGAGGAUUCUGUGGUAGCUGCCUAUGCAGGUAAUCUGUGCCUCUCCACAGGACCUCAAUUACAGUAG